AUGGGCUGCUUUGCGGAUCGCGAGAAAGGCUCGCCAGAAGAGACGGCGAAAUGGGACUAUCUCACAUUGACCGACUUCAAGUGCACCUCCGGCUGGACUGUUGCCGCAUACGUAUGGCUGUGGUUCAUGGCCUUCGUCGGGACUGCUGUCGUUGCCCUUGACACCUACACAGCCGUCAAUUUGCUGGCCUUUAAUCAUUGGAGCUCCAAGGUCAAGCCUGCGCUUGAUUUCAAGUACAGCAGAUGGAUCUUUGCCGUCUGUAUUCUGCUGUCCUUCGUACUCCUAUUCUACGAGCUCAUCCGCGCAUGGAGAGUCAUCAAACGAGGUGGCGUUGCCGAGAGCUUCCUCGACCCGACCGCCGUCACCAUUCUCAGUACCCGACCCGGCGGAGGAUGGAAGCGCUUCCUGGUCUUCACCGAGCUUACGAAGAGCAAGAAGGGAGCCGAUUACGUGGCAUUGUUUGUCUACUUCUCCUUCAAAGGUGCCAUCCGAAUCAUUCUCGCGGAAGCUCCCCGUCAAUGCGUCAACGCCAUGACCCUUUGGGCUGUCCUUCAGGCCGACCUUCUCCACAAAAAAUCAGCCGAGCGCUCUUCCUUCGAUCAGUUCUGGUACAAUGUUCAAGAGCUUGCAAAUCAGGACCUGACCGAAGCGAUGAUCUACAUUUCCAUGUUGGUCACCUUGGUCAUCUGGGUCUUCAGUGCGUUGUCGCUUAUCGUGGCGGCAAUCCUUUACAUUACAUUCUUGUUGCACUACAUCCCACAGCGAGACGGCAGACUCUCUGUCUACUGCAAGAAGAAGGUCGACAAGCGUCUUGCCAAGAUUGUCGAGCACAAAGUGAAGGCUGCCCUGGAGGACGAAGAGCGCAAAAAGCAGAAGUACCUUCGAAAAGAAGAAAUCAAGAGACAGAAGACGGGAGAGUUGUCUCUGCCGGCACAACCUCAUCUCAAGAGCUUGCCCACGCUGCCUAAUGUUGGUGAUACACCAGAAACUGAGAAGCAAGAUGAGCUUCCGGAAUUCCCGUUGGUUCGUCAGGAUACCGUCGAAAGCACAGCCACCCUUCCACCCUAUACAAGCCAACCGCCUACUCGCAACGAUGGUCUUCAGAGACAGCCGACUCUGCCCAACGUCUCGGUUGGCGGUAGACCAGACAUGACACGCACAACGACCCAAGCGUCUACUUGGUCGGCAGCGCCCAGCUACUCUACUAACGCCCCUCUCCUUGCGAACGCAGGCUACGCUGGUGCACCUGACGGCUAUCCAGUACCGCCUUCCGCGGUCACUCGACAAGACUCAAACUUGUCUUUUGAUCAAUACCAUGGUCGCAAUGACUCGCAAACCACGAUAGGCUCCCGGAGGGCUUACGCUCCAGGGCCACCAAUGUCAGGAUCGAGAGCACAAACACCGAUGUCUACACGACCCUUUACUCCAAACAAUGGCAAUCCUUAUCCUCGACAAACACCAGCCCCGCGAAUCCCUCUUCCAAUUAGAUCGAAUACUGCUUUCAGCUUCGAACAAGGCCCGCCUUCAGCGAUGUCAAAUCCUUCGCAGGGUCCGUACGACAGAAAAUAUCCUCCGCCAGUGCGUUCAAAUACAGUCGACGGUUUUCGCGCAGCACCGCUGCAGCACAGCGGUUCUACCAGUAGCCUCCACAGCCAGCCUUCCUUUGGUCGCCCUAUGCGUGGCUCCCAAGGAAGCUUCAACCGUUCCUUCGCCGCAGCUGCUCCGGCACUGCCAGAGAUUCGAUCUGCAUCACCAGACAGCUACGAGAUGCAAUCUCAACCGUCUCAUGCCCAGCGACCGCCGCCGCAACAACAGAAUGGCUAUGUGGCUUUCACCCCUGGCAGCAACGCCUCGGCGCCACGAUGGCAGCAAGGACCUCAGCGGAACAUAACAGUCAGCGGUGCUCAGAGCACGGGUGACUACUUUAGCACCGCGCAUCACAAUGUCCCGCAGCGUAGUGCAACCGCACCUCUUGCCGUGACACCCGUGAAACCACGCCACUCCAACUACGCACACGAUAUUCUUGCCGAAUAUGGCGCGUCCGACGACGAAGAGCGUGCGAGACGUCACUCGCCUCCGCCACAACAGAGAUCUCAGUGGCCGGCCUACUGA